AUGGGCUUCACACUCCAGGCAUUUGAAGACUGGGCCAUAGGCAAAGAUGAUUUCAAGGGUGGUUAUAUUGAACCCCGCGACCUCGAACUCGCCAGAGAAGCGUAUUUUGCAAAGUAUCCGAGAGAUUACGCUGUGGUUACUCGUCGAAUGGUGAUGCAUUUCUUUGAUAUGGAGCCGCUCGAGUUUGAGAAGAGGUUUGUGCCAAGAGCAUAUGCAGCUACGAUGGAGGCGAGAGUUAAGGCUUUGGAGGCGGCUUCCAAGCAAGCGUCUCCAUUAAAGCAAGCCCCUCCGUCAAAACAAGCCCCUCCGUCAAAACAAACUCCUCCAAUAAGACAGCCCCCUCCAUCCAAGAAGGUUAAUCAAUCAAAGCCACCUCCAUAUGCACAUGAACUUGAAGCUCCCUUAAAUUCCCGGCCAUCUCCCAAGACCAUCAAUCGUACAAGACUCGAUCCUGAACUCCGCGAAUACCACGAAGCUAAAACGAAGGAAGCGCUCGCUUAUGCUCUAUUCAAGAGAGGUAGGCUCCCGGCAGAAGAGUAUGCCCAAUUUCGUGCGGAGAACUGUGAGAGCGCAGCGAAAUAG